AUGCUCGAAGCAUAUCGAUUCGCCACGAACCAGUUAUCUACAGUCAUAUUAACCACGACAAUGACAUCGAUAAAAUCCCACCACAACCGAUACCACCACAACCGAUACCACCACAACCACCACCCCUACUACACCCACCAUGACCACGACAACCUGAAUCCAGCGCCAAAGCCCUCCCCAAAACCCUCCAACCCGACCAAACGAAGUCACCCGCGCCCUCGCUCUCGUACCACCACCAACCCUCCCACACCCCAUCCGGCCUCAAAAAGAAACAGCGCCCCAAGCGAAAGCAACACCAAAAGAUGCUUCACCUGGCUCCUAACCCCGUCAGGAACAAUGCACUGGGCGAAGAACCGCUCCUCCUUCUGCACGUACCAGCGCGCACCGACGAAGAUCGCGGGGAGGCGAGUGUUGGGCGUAGGCACCGUCGAGUUGAAGGUUCGUCGGGGGCCGAGCCCCGAUGAGGAUCGAAUGAAUACGCUUGUGCUGAGGGAUGUGUUGCAUGUUCCCGGUGCGAAAUGUAAUGGGAUUUGUUUGGGGAGGUAUUGUGAAACGACGGGGGAUAGGGUUGAGGUUUGCGGCGGAGAUUGCUCUGCGGAUGGGGAUGUGCGUGGUAAGGAAGAGGUUAGGGUUUUUAGUGAAGGGGAGAGCAGUAGUGGCUCUGCGAGUGAGGGGGAGAUAGAUGAGGAUGGAGAUGAUCUGCAUGGCCACGGACAUAACCAUAGACACGGCGAAGCGCUAUGGUAUGGGGAGGGCUACCACGGCUGUCCGCGUGUCGUGCUCUGGGGCGAUCCACAUGGGAGCGAGGAUCUGGUUAAUAAUGUGGAGGGCAACGUGGAUGUUCCUGGGGUGGAUGCUUCGGCGGAAGAACUGGAUACGCUGUUUACGCGUGUGAAGGAGCGGAGUCUUGUUUAG